AUGUCCGCGUUCUGGAGCUAUGUUUCAUUUUCUGUUUUGGGGAGCAAGUACCCUAGCACCUCCCAUGUGCGAAAGCGAAUAGCCAUCCUCGUUCUCUCAUGGGCCUACACAGCUGUGUCCACAUUCGGCCGCCUCUAUGGCUCCAGCACAAGCAAGCUCCUAGCACACCUUCCCAUCCUCCGCCUUCCCCUCGCUCUGUGCAAGUCCCUCGCAGGGUUCACGGCCACCUUCAUCAGAGGCGCCCUGGUCGCCGUCAGGUUCUGGGGCCUUGUCGCACUAUUCCCGAAUGGAGGGCGGGAUUUGACCUGGGCGCUUGAUGGCCCAACAUCGACAAGGAAGAGGCUAUCGCACGCGUCCUUGGAUGACUCCCCUUACCCAGAGGUUCAGUCCACCGUCGCCAACACAGAUGACCCCGACAUUCCUGUGAACACCAUCCACGCCUGGGUUCUUGCCUUGAUCUGGGCCAUCAUCGUCCCUGGCCUAAAUCAAUUCUUCUUCUUCCGCUAUCCCUCCGUCCAGGUUACUGCUAUUGUUGCCCAACUUUUGAUCUUCCCUAUGGGAAGACUUUGGGCCAGAAUUGUGCCCAACGUUAAGAUCUUUGGCUUCGAGCUCAACCCUGGUCCAUUCUCCAUGAAGGAACAUGUGCUUGCUACUAUUAUGGCCUCAGUUGGUGCCGGCAGUGCAUACGUGACAGAUAUCGUCGCCGUCAAGAAGGUCUUUUCCAACCAGACGUAUAAUUUCAGCUACCAAUGGAUGAUCGUCAUGUCCACCCAGCUCAUCGGUUUCUCGAUUGGUGGUAUCACUCGUCGCUUCCUGUAUAUGAAUGCCUGGAGCAGCAAGUACAUGCCGAUCAUCAAUGCCGACUCCACCUUCAACGAGGUAGAAUACAAGGCCUAUAGCCCACUGUUCUUGUCCACCACCUUCGCCAUUUCAUAUGGCCUGUCUUUUGCGUCAAUCAUGGCUACACUCCCGCAUGCCUUCCCAUAUUUCCGUAAAACAAAUGUAUACACAGGCUGGUGGUGUCCGCACCGCGGGACAACACCUCGGUGGUGGUGGGUGGGCAGGGUUGGCUCUAUUGGGUUGGUGGCGGGAGCACAAGGAGAGCUUGGAAACAGACCACAGGUCCCACCACAACUUCGAAGAAAUCCUUGGACGUUACCUUUACCUCCGCGAAAUACAGACACAAAUCUCAAUUUAGGUCACCCCAACCGAAUCCAAGCCGAGGAUUCACGAGUUGUCUGGCAAAAAUACGGCGCACCCCAUCCAGCCCACUUGCUCCCCUCAAAUCUACCUCUCGAAAGCCUAGACCAUCUCCGUGACGCUCAUGCACACCGCCGUCUUUGCCCUGACAUGGCUUUUUCCUUUCAGAUUUUGCAACCUACCGGGUAUGAGCAGCCUCACGUAGUAUAUCGUCACCAGGAUCCUGACACCACGAUACGCAGCUCAAAUGCAUACGGCAUACUGAUCGUCAUCUUUCUCUUCCCCCUCACCGCAUACCAAGGCAUCGUAAAUCGGAAGAGUCGACGUUUAUCCCCAGAUCGAAGAUCCGCUGUCGCAAGGGUCAUGUUGAACGCUCGAAGGUCCGGAAGACUAACGGGUGGAGGUGAUUGUGUUGAAUGUGUGCGUUGA